AUGGCCAAGGUCCCGGAGCUGGAAGACGCCUUCCUGCAGGCGCAGGCUUCUCCCCCGGUUUCCCCCGAAGUCCAGGAGGAGUGCUGUGUGCAGCUCCUGGGCAAGGGUUUGCUCGUUUACCCCGAAGAAAGGGUGUACCUGGCGGCCGGAGCGCAGCCGGGGCGCGCGCUGGGCAGCCGGGAGAAAGCGGACGACCCGGAGCUGCCCGGGGGAGUUAAAGCUGAAAUGCAUUUAAGCAAUGGUAACUUUUCCUCCGAAGAAGAGGAUGCGGAUAAUCCAGACAGCAAAACCAAAGUAGCCGAUCCACAUCUCUCACAGAAGAAAACCAUCACACAGAUUAUGAAGGAUAAAAAGAAGCAGACCCAGCUCACUCUGCAGUGGCUUGAAGAGAAUUACAUUGUAUGUGAAGGAGUUUGCUUACCACGGUGCAUCCUUUAUGCACACUAUCUAGAUUUCUGCAGGAAAGAACAGCUGGAGCCAGCCUGCGCAGCCACCUUUGGAAAGACAAUUCGUCAAAAAUUUCCCCUCUUGACAACUCGGCGGCUUGGAACAAGAGGCCAUUCAAAGUAUCAUUAUUAUGGGAUUGGCAUCAAAGAGAGUAGUGCAUAUUACCACUCCGUUUAUUCUGGAAAAGGCCUGACAAGGUUUUCUGGAAGCAAGCUGAAGAAUGAGGGUGGCUUCACUCGUAAAUAUUCACUUAGCUCAAAAACUGGAACACUUCUUCCAGAAUUCCCCAGUGCUCAACACUUUGUGUACCAAGGAUGCCUUUCUAAGGACAAGGUUGAUACCCUAAUAAUGAUGUACAAAACUCACUGCCAGUGCAUCUUGGACAAUGCAAUAAAUGGAAACUUUGAGGAGAUUCAGCAUUUCUUAUUACACUUUUGGCAAGGAAUGCCUGAUCAUCUUCUUCCCCUGCUUGAAAACCCAGUUAUAAUUGACAUUUUCUGUGUUUGUGACUCAAUUCUUUAUAAGGUUCUUACAGAUGUACUCAUUCCUGCCACAAUGCAAGAAAUGCCUGAAAGCUUAUUAGCAGACAUAAGAAAUUUUGCUAAGAAUUGGGAACAAUGGGUUGUUUCAUCCCUGGAAAAUUUGCCAGAAGCUCUAACUGACAAGAAAAUACCUAUUGUGAGAAGAUUUGUAUCAUCUCUGAAACGCCAAACAUCUUUCUUACAUCUUGCACAGAUUGCCAGACCAGCUCUCUUUGACCAGCAUGUUGUGAAUUCUAUGGUGUCUGAUAUUGAAAAGGUUGACUUGAAUAGCAUCGGAUCUCAGGCCCUUCUCACCAUUUCGGGCAGCACGGACACGGAGUCUGAUGUCUACACUGAAUAUGAUUCGAUCACAGUGUUCCAAGAACUGAAAGAUCUCCUUAAGAAGAAUGCCACUGUGGAGGCUUUCAUUGAAUGGUUGGAUACUGUGGUGGAGCAGAGAGUUAUUAAGACCAGCAAGCAAAAUGGGAGAUCAUUAAAGAAGAGGGCUCAAGACUUCCUGCUAAAGUGGAGCUUUUUUGGUGCUCGAGUAAUGCAUAAUCUCACCUUGAACAAUGCAUCCAGUUUUGGUUCUUUCCAUUUGAUCCGAAUGCUUCUUGAUGAAUAUAUUCUGCUGGCCAUGGAGACCCAGUUUAAUAAUGACAAGGAGCAGGAGUUACAGAAUUUAUUGGACAAGUAUAUGAAGAAUUCAGAUGCAAGUAAAGCUGCCUUCACUGCUUCUCCAAGUUCAUGCUUUCUGGCCAACCGUAAUAAAGGAAGCACUGUUCCCAGCGAUACUGUGAAGAAUGAAAGCCACAUGGAGACAGCCUAUCUUCCUCUGUCAUCUAGCCAAACUGGAGGCUUAACCUCCGCUCUGCACCCGUUCCCUGCUGGGAAUACAGACAACAUGCCACUUCCAGGUCAAAUGGAGCUUUCCCAGAGUUCUGGUCAUCUGAUGACACCACCUAUUUCUCCAGCUAUGGCGAGCCGAGGAAGCGUCAUUAAUCAAGGGCCAAUGGCAGGGAGACCCCCGAGUGUGGGCCCAGUGCUGUCAGCCCCAUCACACUGCUCAGCAUACUCAGAGCCUAUUUAUCCGACUCUCCCUCAAGCCAGCCAUGACUUUUAUGGGACCAACUCUAACUAUCAGACUGUGUUUAGGACACAACAUCACACCCCAUCAGGACUCUAUCCUCAUCGCCCGGAGCAUGGCCGAUGCAUGGUCUGGAGUGACCAGCAGCUUUCUAGAGACUUCUUCAGUGGCAGCUGUGCUGGGUCCCCAUAUAAUUCUCGGCCACCUUCCAGCUAUGGACCAUCCCCACAUGGCCAAGAUCCACAUAGUCUGCAGUUUUUAAAUACAGGAGGCUUCAAUUUAUUGAGCAAUGCAGGGGCUGCCAGCUGCCAAGGAGCAACACUGCCUCCUAAUUCACCUAAUGGGUACUAUGGGAGCAACGUCAACUACCCAGAGUCUCAUAGACUUGGAUCGAUGGUGAAUCAACACGUUUCUGUCAUCAGCAGUGUUCGCUCCCUGCCUCCAUAUGGUGACAUUCAUGAUCCGCUCAACAUUUUAGAUGAUGGUAGUAGAAAGCAGACCAGUUCAUUUUAUGCAGACACACCACCUUCAGUUGCAUGUCGAACUCCCAUAGUAGCAUCCAGCCUGCAAACCCCAGUUCCUUCCUCUUCCUCCCAGUGUAUGUAUGGAACUUCCAAUCAAUAUCCAGCUCAAGAACCCCUGGACUCCCAUGGAGCAAAUGGUAGAGAAAUGGUAUCCUCUCUACCACCAAUCAACACUGUGUUCAUGGGAACAGCAGCUGGAGGCACUUAA